CCUUGGCUGGGGCUUCAGUGACUUCCUUGUUGUGAGCGUCGGCCUGGCAGUGUCCGGACUCGUAGCCCCGCUGUCCUCACCGGGACCCCUAGCCCAAGUCGCAGCCGCAACCCCAGCCGGUCGAGUUCCCUUUCAGCGCAGGUCCUUUCCCCGCACGCCCCGCGCUCCCUAACAUGCCCAACCCCAGUAGCACCUCCUCUCCCUACCCCCUCCCCGAGGAGAUUAGGAACCUGUUGGCAGAUGUUGAAACAUUUGUAGCAGACGUACUGAGAGGGGAAAAUUUAUCCAAGAAAGCAAAGGAAAAGAGAGACUCCCUUAUUAAGAAGAUAAAAGAUGUAAAGUCUAUCUACCUUCAGGAAUUUCAAGGCAAAGGUGAUAUAGAAGAUGGAGAAGAAUACGAUGACCCUUUUGCUGGGCCUCCAGACACUAUUUCAUUAGCCUCAGAAAGAUAUGAUAAAGAUGAUGAGGCCCCCUCUGAUGGGAACCAGUUCCCUCCAGUUGCAGCACAGGACCUUCCUUUUGUGUUAAAGGCUGGCUACCUUGAAAAACGCAGAAAAGAUCACAGCUUUCUGGGAUUUGAAUGGCAGAAACGGUGGUGUGCUCUCAGUAAAACAGUGUUCUAUUAUUAUGGAAGUGAUAAAGACAAACAACAGAAAGGUGAAUUUGCAAUAGAAGGCUACAAUGUCAGAAUGAAUAACACUCUUAGGAAGGAUGGAAAGAAAGAUUGCUGUUUUGAAAUCUCUGCUCCUGAUAAACGUAUCUAUCAGUUCACGGCAGCUUCUCCCAAAGAUGCCGAAGAAUGGGUACAGCAGCUGAAAUUUGUUUUACAAGAUAUCGGGUCUGAUGUUAUUCCUGAGGAUGAGGAUGAAAGAGGAGACUUAUAUGAUGAUGUUGAUCAUCCUCUACCAAUCAGCAGUUCACCAGCAAGCAGCCAGCCAAUUGAUGAUGAAAUUUAUGAAGAACUUCCAGAAGAGGAAGAGAAUGGAGCUCCGGUGAAAGUGGAGGGGCAAAGGAAGAUGAGUCAGGACAGUGUUCACCACACCACAGGAGAUAAAAGCACCGAUUAUGCUAAUUUUUACCAGGGUUUGUGGGACUGCACAGGAGCUCUUUCUGAUGAAUUGUCAUUUAAACGUGGUGAUGUGAUUUACAUUCUUAGCAAGGAAUACAAUAGAUAUGGCUGGUGGGUAGGAGAAAUGAAGGGAGCCAUUGGCUUGGUGCCGAAAGCCUACAUAAUGGAGAUGUAUGAUAUUUGAGAGUCCUGGAAAAGGAAGAUUCCUCUGCUAGUGUGCAAAUGCUUUGGAUUGAGAAUCAUCGUGAAAGCAUGAGUGACAGCUCAUAACCUUUCUUUGUUUUGUUGAGCAUCGUUUGUCUUUGUUGUUUUAUGCAUUCAUUAUAAUAUUCCUCUGAUGUGAAAUUAAAUGAAGGAUAUUAAUGUAAAUUAGAUGCAAGCAGUAAAGUUAUACCUGUUGCUGUUUUUCAAAGAAAUAAUCAUGGGUUUAUUUACUCAUCUGAUUUGUGUGAAAAAUUCAGCACUAUUUUAUAUGUAUCACAUAAUCAUUGCUACUUCUAGUAAGAGUUGUAAUUUCUCUUAAUACUGGAUAUCAAUUAUUUUUUAGAAUGUAAUAUAUAAUUUCAUAAAAAUUUCAAUUGAAUGUAUCAUGAAAGUUUUUGGUAGAUGCUAUCUAAAGAAUGUAGCUUUGUUAAACCUUUGUAGAUGAGUUCUCUUAGUAUUUAUUUUUCAAACAAUAGUAACAUGUUUUCAUGAAAGAAUUUUUACUGAUUGGGGAAUUUACUUUAUGUUAAAUAUAGCCACAAGAAAGAAAAACGAUAGAAUUGCAAAUGGGGAGUAUGCUGUCACCCUCUGCAACACACGUGAAGACCAGAACCAUGGUUUGUGCAAAGCCCUUUACCAAUAAUAAAUACCCUGGUUAUAUAAUGGGCUUGCCAACAUUUUCUACUGUAGUUUUCUUUAAAUUUAAUGAAACAAAAAUUUUGUGAGAGGUCCCAUUCUGCCACUAAUGUAAUGGCAUAAAGAAUCUCAAUGUAUUCUCAAAGUCAGAAGGCAUAACUGAGUACUGUUACCCUGCCUGAUUGUUACUGUGAUAUUAAAGUACCACCACAAAACAGUGAAAGUCCAGAUUUGGGCCUGCUCUGCACCUCUGAAAGCAAUGAGAAGAGAAGGGAGGCUCAGAGAGGAGGGUGUAGAAAUCCGGUGGGAACAUGUA